UGAAGAGUGAGCACCGCUGCUUGUAAGCGGGACCUAUCUGCCAAGUCAUGGCGUCCGCCAGCACGGGCACCAGGGUGUCCUGUGGAAGAGAUUUAAAUUGUGUGCCAGAGGUAGCCGACACAUUGGCAGCGGUCGCCAAACUCGGGUUUGACUUCGUGUGCAUGCCCCUCUUCCACCCGAGGUUCAGGAGGGAGUUUGAGCUGGAUCCCGCUAAAUCUCGACCCGGUGCCCAUACACGGUCCGACCUGCUGCUGUGUGGACGAGAUUGGAAUACUCUUGUUGUUGGGAAGCAGUCACCAUGGAUCGAUACGGAUUCGGAAAUCGAGACCGUACGCAGAAACUCUGAAGCAGCUCUGGCACAGGAGCUCCACUUCUCUGCUUACUUGGGUGUGCCUGUCUUCAUGAUCCCUCUGAACGGGCCUCAUAAAGCCAACCUAGCACGUGUGCUGCUUAACCAUAUCCAGUCAGGACACCACACCACAAAUUUUUGGAUUCGAGUUCCACUCCUGGCUCCUGAAGACAUGCGGGAGGAUCUGAUCGAGAAUGAGCCCAUCAAGUGUGACGAUGAGACAACUGUGGAUGAGAAGACUUGGAACUGGUGGCACUCUUUGAGAACGCUCUGUGAUUACAACAAGAGAGUCUGUCUAGCCAUUGAAGUUGGAGCGGACAUGCCUUCAGAAACUGUGAUCGACAAAUGGCUCGGGGAGCCGAUCAAAGCAGCCGUUCUUCCCACCAGCAUCUUUUUGACCAAUAAGAAGGGCUUCCCGGUUUUGUCCAAAGCGCACCAGCGAAUAAUUGUCCGACUUUUUAAGUUGGAGGCACAAUUCAUCUUUACAGGCACAAGUCGCCACACUGACAAGGACUUCCGUUCGUAUCUGCAAUACCUGGAAUACAUCAGUCAGAACCGGCCCGCACCGAAUUCCUACGAGCUCUUCGCCAAAGGUUAUGAAGACUACCUCCAGUCUCCGCUACAGCCCCUAAUGGAUAACCUGGAGUCGCAGACAUACGAAGUGUUUGAGAAGGAUCCUAUUAAAUAUUCACAGUACCAACAGGCUGUGUAUAAAUGCCUGCUUGAUCGAGUCCCAGAAGAACAGAAAGACACCAAUGUUCAAGUACUGAUGGUGUUGGGGGCAGGCAGGGGUCCCCUGGUCAAUGCCUCGCUGCGUGCUGCCAAGCAGGCGGACAGAAAGCUGAAAGUGUACGCCGUGGAGAAGAAUCCCAAUGCUGUUAUCACGCUAGAAAACUGGCGCUUUGAGGAGUGGGGCGAUCAGGUGUCCGUGGUGUCGUCCGACAUGCGCGAUUGGGUGGCUCCCGAGAAGGCGGACAUCAUCGUCAGCGAGCUGCUGGGAUCCUUUGGUGACAAUGAACUUUCCCCAGAGUGCUUGGAUGGAGCGCAGCACUUUCUCAAAGAGGAUGGCGUGAGCAUUCCCUGCUCCUACACCUCCUUCCUGGCCCCCUUGUCUUCCUCCAAGCUUUACAACGAAGUCCGAGGCUGCCGGGAACGCGACAAAGAUCCCGAGUGCCAUUUCGAAAUGCCCUACGUGGUGCGCCUCCACAACUUCCACCAGCUGGCAGAACCCAAAGCGUGCUUCACCUUCACACACCCCAAUAAAGAUAUGAACAAUAAUCGUUACCAGUGCCUGAGGUUCUCAGUGGGUUGUAACACCGUGCUCCAUGGCUUUGCCGGCUACUUUGAGACCACACUCUACAAAGACGUCACACUCAGCAUAAAACCUGACACGCAUUCACCCGGAAUGUUCUCCUGGUUCCCCAUUCUUUUCCCCCUCAAACAACCCAUCACAGUGUCUCGUGACGAUGAUGUGACGGUACGAUUCUGGCGCUGCAACAACGGGAAGAAGGUGUGGUACGAAUGGGCCGUGACCGAGCCCACCUGCUCCGCCAUCCACAACCCUGCGGGACGCUCCUACACCAUCGGCCUGUGAACCCUCCACACUCCUACUUGUCUUCUAGCGUCUCGUCCCUUAGGUUGAAGGUCAUGCCUUUUUUUUUUUUUUUUUUUAUAUAUAUAUACACCGCCGGUAAGAACCACCACAAGGUAUGUAUGCCUACUUGAAGACGUUCCAUAGGAUUGUGGAUGAGGUGUGUCUGAGCAGUACGAUACAGGACUUUGAUGGCCCACGCUCGCUCUGAUUACUGUUAUUUUGUAUCUGUGUAAUCAUGUCAAUAAAUACUGUAAUGUUG